AAGAGAAGGGACUCUAACCCAAGGUUUAGGGUUUAGGGUUUCUUCGGACCCAAGACCACAUAGGUCUCUUCUUCAGUUCUUCAUCACCCUCGUCUUUCUUUCUUCUUCUCCCGUCUCCUCCUCCAUUUCAAUUACAAGAAACCUAGACCAUAAUUAUUUGCCCAGACCAAUCUCUCUCAAGGUUAACAAAUUCCUUCUCUCUUUCUCUCCCCCAUCAAAAACUUCAAUCUCCAAAUUAGUCAGUUUAUUUGUACGACAACUACAUCUACAAAGGCAGCAAGUUCAUCUGUCAGAAACCCGUCCGCUUUAGUUGCAAAGGGUUUUAGACCUAGAGCCCCUCUGCUUCUCUUUGGAGCUCCUAUUGUUACCAACCUAAUCUCUUCUGUUGUGUUCGAUUCAAGUUUGAGAUGGGCAAACUGGGGAAGAAGGCCAGGAAGUUCUCCAAGAAGAAUCUUCAGUCUGUGGAGAGAAGAAACCGCAAGUUGAAGUCCACCUUCAAAAAGAGAGGCCCCAAAAGAAAUGAGAAAGAUAGUGGUCAAGAAUUGAAGAAGAAGGACGCCGUAGAGUUGUCUAAUGGGAGAAACACUGAAGUUGAAUACAUAGACAACACUCCUCUUGAUGCAAUAUUCCAUGAAGAUGACAGUGAUGCAUUUGGGGAUGAAUCGGACAGCGAUGGGUAUCUUUCAGAGGUCUCUAGUGAAAUGCAUCUUGCUGAUAAUGAAAUUGAGAAUUCUCAAGAAGGCAUCCUUGAUGGUAGUAGUGGUGCAUUAUCUAUUCAGAACGAGGAGAUUCAAAUAGAACUUGUGAAGAAAACAAAAAAACUAGACAAAUUGAAGGAAAAGGAUCCUGAAUUUGCUAACUUUCUGGAAAGCCAUCAGAAGGAGCGUGAACAGUUCAGAAACAAAGAUUAUGCUGAUGAGGAUGAGGAUGGGAUGAGUGAUGAUAAUAUGCAGCCAGAAAAUGUAGAUGGCGUGAAUUUUAAUUGGGGCAAGUUGCUGUCAAGCUCUUCUGUUGAUUCCUUUUGUCAACUAGUCACAGAGCAACAAAAUGUGUCUGCACUUACUUGUCUACUGAAUGGGUACCGUGCUGCAUGCCACUAUGGAGCGGAAUCAACUAAAGUCUAUGAUGCUUAUUCAGGCCACAGAAUUCAAAAUAGUGAAACCCGUAGCAAGAUAUUGAUGUUCAUCCUUAAUGAAGCCGAUACCACAUUGAGGGGGCUAAUGGGCAUACCAAGUUUGGAUUCCAGAAAAGAGAAGAGUGUGGAUUUGAAGAAGAAUACCAAAUGGAGUACUUUUAAGCCACUAAUAAAGUCUUAUCUGAGGAGUACCCUUUUUCUCCUGAAUCAGGUGGAUGACUCUGAGAUAUUGACCUUCUCCUUGGCACGGAUCAGAGCUUCUAUGACCUUUUUUACUGCUUUUCCUUCUUUGCUCCGCAGACUGAUCAAGAUUGCCGUUCAUUUGUGGGCAACAGGGAGAGGAACUGUAUCAUCUCAAUCCUUUCUCAUCAUACGAGAUGUGGCUUCUUUGUUUCGCUCUGAUUACUUUGACACCUGCUUUGUUAAGACAUAUAAAUCGUACCUUGGUCAUUGCCAAUUUGUGGAGCCUAGUUUGUUCCAACACAUACAGUUUCUAAGAAGUUCCAUUAUUGACUUAUGCUCUAUCGAUGUUCAGAAAGCAUCUAGCAAAGCAUUGGUUUGUAUCCAGCAACUUUCUAAGAUAAUGCAACAGGGUCUGCAUACAAAGAAAAAGGAAGCAGUCAAGAAGAUAUGCAGUUGGCAAUACACGAGUUGCAUUGAUCUCUGGGUAAUGUUUAUAUCAGCUAAUAUACAGGAUUAUGAUCUUCAGCAAUCGCUUUUUGUGAUCAUUCAGAUUAUAAAUGGAAUGGCUGUGUUGUUUUCUGGACCAAGAUAUUUGCCUCUGAGAAUCAAAUGCAUUCAAUGGUUGAAUCAUCUCUCCUCUUCCAGUGGCACUUUCAUUCCUGUUGCCUCUUUUGUGUUGGAUAUCUUAGAAUAUAAAAUUAGCAAGGAUGGAGCAAAACCUGGAAAAGCUUUCAACCAUAUAUCUUCCGUAAAGCUUCCAAAGCAUUGGUUAAAGUCAAGGAACUUCCGAGAACAAUGUGUUUUAUCUGCUAUCGAACUGCUUUCAGCGCACUUUGCUCAGUGGAGCCAUCAUAUAUCUUUUCCAGAUCUUGCAACUAUUCCACUUAUUUGCUUGAAGAAGUUUCAUGAUAUAACUACCAUAGAAAGUUCCAAACGUGUAGUGAAGCGUUUCAUUGACCAGGUGGAGCAAAAUAUUGAAUUCGUUCGGAAGAAGAGAGAUGAAGCAGCCUUUUCACCAACAGAUCAGCAAUCUGCAGAAUUAUUUCUUCAGCUUGAAAAGCAAAAUGGCAGUACUCCAUUUACACAAUAUUACAAAAGCAUCAUGGACAAGGCUGCUUCUAGAAAUUUUGCUCUAAAUGAGAAGGUGUGAUAUACCAAUCUUUUCUCUUCUUUACCUUUUCUAAUUUUUAUACUGGCUAUGUAUUCUGUGGUACCUUGACUAUUACCUCUGGCUGUAAGUGCUAUGAAUGUUAACUAUAGAUUCAGUCCAGCAAUUGCAUAAUGAUAUUGGUAACUGUAAGGCAAGCAGAAGGAACAAAGAAAGCUUUUGCUUUUAAUCACAUCUACUGUUGUCACCAGAUAAUGGUCAUUCUGCUAUUAUUGGGCAUGUAAAGUAUCCCUGAUUUUGCAUGAUUUGUAGUCAAAACCAUAUUGAUUGUUAUAAGGAAAAUAGUAUUGAUACAUAUUAGUUUCUCUUCACACAUGAGCCGUAUUUUACAAAUUCAUCAUUU